AUGGCCACCCAGAAUGUAAACAAUAGUUUUGCACCCAACUUCAGUUCAUUCCAAGACCAUGUCUCCUCCCUUCCCUUCAAUUUCACUUAUGAUUAUGACCUCCCUCUGGAUGAGGAUGAGGAUGUGACCAAGACUCGGACCUUCUUCACAGCCAAGAUAGUCAUCGGUAUAGCACUGGCUGGCAUCAUGCUGGUUUGCGGCAUUGGCAACUUUGUCUUCAUUGCUGCUCUCGCCCGCUAUAAGAAGCUGCGGAACCUCACCAAUCUGCUCAUUGCUAACCUGGCCAUCUCUGACUUCCUGGUGGCCAUAGUCUGCUGCCCCUUCGAGAUGGACUACUAUGUGGUGCGGCAGCUCUCCUGGGAGCACGGCCACGUACUCUGUGCCUCAGUCAACUACCUGCGUACAGUAUCACUCUACGUCUCCACGAAUGCUCUGCUGGCCAUCGCUAUUGACAGAUAUCUCGCCAUCGUUCACCCCUUGAAGCCACGGAUGAAUUAUCAGACGGCCUCCUUCCUCAUCGCUUCGGUCUGGGUGGUGUCCAUUCUCAUCGCCAUCCCGUCUGCCUACUUUGCCACAGAAACGGUCCUCUUCAUCGCCAAAAGCCAGAAAAAGGUCUUCUGCGGCCAGAUCUGGCCGGUGGACCAGCAGCUCUACUACAAGUCCUACUUCCUCUUCGUCUUCGGCGUGGAGUUCGUGUGCCCCGUGGUCACCAUGGCCCUGUGCUACGCCAGGAUCUCGCGGGAACUCUGGUUCAAGGCCGUCCCCGGUUUCCAGACGGAGCAGAUCCGGAAGCGGCUGCGCUGCCGCCGGAAGUCGGUGCUGGUGCUCGUGUGCAUCCUCACCGCCUACGUGCUGUGCUGGGCGCCCUUCUACGGCCUCGCCAUCGUGCGCGACUUCUUCCCCGCCGUGUUCAUCAAGGAGAAGCACUACCUCACGGCCUUCUACGUCGUGGAGUGCAUCGCCAUGAGCAACAGCGUCAUCAACACCGUGUGCUUCGUGGCGGUCAAGAACAACACCCUCAAGUACUGCAAGAGGAUGAUGCGGCUCCACGGGCGCCCCUCGCACCACGGAAGCAAGUCCAGCACAGAGCUCGACCUCCAAACCAGCGCCGUGCCGGCCACGGAGGAGGUGGACUGUAUCAGGCUGAAGUGA